AGAAGAAGAAGAAGAAGAAGCCGCUUCCGUGGAAACAAGGAACGCUAGUGUGCUAGCUUUAGAGUAGUCAGUAGUAGAGGCUGAUGAUCAUUUAAACGGAAUGAUAUGUAUAAACAAAGACUGAUCAGUAAAUUCUGAAUUUUAGAUCAAUUUACGAUUCGAUUUGAGUCAGUCACACGAAGUUAAAUAGCUAAUGCGGUUUUAGCUACUAACUAGCUGGCAAGAGUGUAAAGCAGACUGAAACCUUCGUGAAGGGAGAGAUGUAUUUUUUUAAAGAACCAAAGAUGUAAUAUAAUAAAGUUUUCAGUUAGCGAUAGACAGUAGAAACAUGUGGAAACGACGCGGCCGGAGCUCCGCUCUGGACCGGGCUCAGGCGCUGCUGUCGGCCAAGAGGACCAGCAGAGGAGACGCUCAGGGCUCCACACCGGACUUUACAGUCAAAGCACAGGGUUCUUCAGGUGGAUCCUUCAAAAAUAGACCUGCUCCUCCAAUUACCCACACUUUACUGUCUGAUCUGAGUGAGCUGAGCUCCGACAGUACAGCAUCUGAUCACAGAGGUGAUGAUGACAGAUCUGCUAAGGAUGGGAACAAAUAUGAAGAAAAGUUGGAUUCAGACAAGAGCUCAUUGGGAGGAGGAAGCAGGUUCUUAAAGAAGGUUUCAUCCACCAGCAACAGCCAGUCGUCUGUCGGCAGAAAGCAACCAGAGCAGGUGUUAGAACCAAGAUAUGUGUCGUCUUCCCCGUCCCGUAAGCCGUUUCUGAAGCAGGCGAGGCAGAGGACAAAUCUAACUGCAGACUUGGUCCUCUCACCACCAGCAGCCACCCAGUCCACGGGGGGCAGCACUGAGCAGAGCCGGGGAGGAAACCAUCUUCGAAAGAAGAAAGCAGAUGUAGUGGCUGAACGCAGCAGAGUUUCUCCUGCUGUGUUCUCAAGAAGCAAACAUGUUGGUGUCAGGUCCAGAGCUGGUGACCCUCUACAACAUUCGGGAGGUUUGGAGGUGAAGUCAGGGAGGGUAAUGAGCACUGUUGAUCUGGAAAGUGAUGAAGAAGACAUGAGGAAACUGCUCGGAGACUCAGUGGAUUUAUCAGACAACAGUUUCUUAGAAGCUCAGCGACCUUCAUCCACUAAAAGGCUGGACAAGAUGCUCAGCCAUGGCAGCCCAAGGGUUCGCUCCGCAGCCUCUCCUGCUGCUCUUCAUCCUUCAUCGCCUUCCAACAAAGCACUUCCUCGAUCUCCGGACUCUCCUUCACACCGAAGCUCUCCUUUUAGAUUCACUGGACAGGCCCAGGCCCACUUCAGCCCCUCAGUCCUCUCUCCAUCGCCCUCCCCUCCCCUCCUGCUGCCGUCUCCUCCAAAGAGGCCGGGCUCCUCUCUGAAGGCAGAAAGUCCACAGCGUUCCCUGUCGGCCUCAUCAGAACAAGGUGAAGUGCUUUCUCUAGAGGAGCUCUUCCCUGGAGGUCCUGACUCUAAAGACCCUCAAAGUGAGACGAGUUCAGUUCCUGCAGAAGACUUUAAGAUCAACGUGAUGACUGUAGACGAGCUUGUGCCUGCAUUCGAUGGAUUUUCUGUAGAAACAGCAGGAAAACAGACCAAUACGGCUGUCUCUGAUCCUGGGUUGCCCAACCAGCAAGUACCCCAGGAGGAGGACCAGGAGGUGCUGGACUACCAAAGUGACUUUGAGAGUGACUCCAGUACCAGCCAGGUCUCUGAGCACCUGCCAGGAGACGAGGAGGGAAAGGACCUACCAUCAGAUGUCAGCGUGAAGGUGUCCUAUCCAGAUAAGAGAGAGGACGAUCACUGUUGUGCUCUUUUAGACCGAAGUCUCUCCAGCACCUCAUGGUCCUCAGAUGGCACCUACAGAUCAGCCUCAUCCAGCAGACGCUCCAAAUCCUCAAAGCUCCACGGCAGCUCAGACACACCUCAGCGCUGGAGAAGACGUGCUUCAGCCAGAAAGGCUGUAAAAGACUCAGCAACACAGACACAACCUGAUCCCCUGUCUGCUCCGUGGUCAGCUGGUAUGGCCACGGUGGACCCCACAGUCGCUAUGAUCUACAUGAAUCCUGCUCCAGCGGUCACUCGAGCACUCGGUGCAGACAGAUUGGAAGCCAUCAGCACCUUCGACCCCAGCGUAUUUGCUCUGAAUGAAAUACUGAAACAGCAGCUGGCGGUGACUAGGCAGUUCAUGGACAGCAGCCACCAUCUCCACUGCUGCCUGGUGCAGAGCCUGGAACCACCAAACUACAGAUACACCAUGCUGGAGGACACCGUCCAGAACAUCCAGAAACACAGAAGUCCCAAAGUGACGAUGGAGAACACCUCGUAGGAGGUCCUGCAGGAAACGAGGGACUACCGGCGCUCAUACAGCUGCUGCCACCACUAACGUCAUGACAAGGACAUUAUGGCCAUUUUAAAUGGUGAGCGUAAAGCCAAUAAUGCAAUCAUUUGCCAAAACUGUAAAAUGUUUAAGCCGGUAACGUAGUGAGUUACGUUACCGGUCGAGCAUUAAAAAAAGUCCUUUUAAAAAUGUAAUAAUGCUGCUUGAUGAUGUAAUAACACAUAAGACUGCGUUUCUCAGAAUUCUAAGAUCUAUUUAGCAGUUUUUAUAUGAUCAAAACCAGCAGUGAUUAUAUAAUUGAGCUUAUAUUUAAAAUCCAUCCUGUUGAAGGAAAAGUUGUUUACGUGUCCUUUUCUUCCUUCUAGGACAUGCGCUUCUGCAAUUAAAUUGUCUUUGGUUGUAAAGAUUUCAUUUGUAAAUAAACAGUAAACCAAUGAGGCCUGGAAAU